CAUUUGUUUCCGGAUCUGACAUGUUCUUUUUACAGUGAACUCUCGUUGAUUGUAGAGGUUAACAAGUCUCUUGACAAAGCAGCAAACAUGCAGUUGCUAUUCCGUGGACAGUCUACCCAUGUUCUCGAGUGCCAAGGCACCGAAACAAUUGCCCAAAUCAAGGCCCAAAUCGCCGGUUUGGAGCAAUUGCAAGCUAGCGAUAUUAGCUUGUAUGCCCAAGGUACCCCAGUCGCUGACGACAGCUUGGUUUCUGCCUUCGAAACUGAAAUUGAAUUGACUGUUGGUCUUCUUGGAGGAAAAGUGCACGGUUCCCUUGCUCGUGCUGGUAAGGUCAAGGGCCAAACCCCAAAGGUAGAUAAGCAAGAAAAGAAGAAGAAGAAGACUGGCCGCGCCAAGAGGAGGAUCCAAUACAACAGGAGGUUCGUCAACGUUGUUGCCCAAUUCGGCCGUCGCCGUGGACCCAACUCAAACUCUGCCUAAAGAGUUACAUUAACUUUUAUACAAUGUGCAACGUUUAACAUCUAUGUUGGCUAUUUAAAUUUAGUUAAUAAAAAAGAAAAAAGUAUA